AUGUUUCAACAAAGGUCAAACAAAUCAGAUUUAUGCUUGAAAAGUAGUUGUGGUGAUUUACAAAGUCGUCUUAAAGUUCGAAAAGUAUUAGGUGUUGGAGAUACAGCAGGUUCAAAAAUAAGUCAAAUACUUGGACAUUCAGAUCAUUUAAUUUUUCAAUUACCACCUAAAUUAGCUACUUGGCUUCUUUUAACAACAACAUUAUUUUGUUGUUUUACUGUAAUGGGUCUACUUUGGCCAUCUUGUUUACGAUUUAUAUUACUUGGUAAUUUUGAAUCAACAUUACAUCUUGCUACAUCUUAUGCUUUUUUGGCAACAAUACUUGGUUUAACACUUCGAUCGGGAGAUAAAAUUUCUUUACAACUUGUUCUUUUUUCUCUUACUUUAUUUCAUUCAUUAUCUUUUUGUAUUUCUCUAUGGUUUCUUAAAACAAGUGAUACAAAAAUAAAAUCAAUGAUAUCACUUAUUUUUCAUUUAUUUUGUCUAUUGAUAAAUGCACAUUUUUAUCUAACAAUUAUUCGAUCUGUAUCAUUAUUUCGAUUAUAUUAUAAACCAAAAGCAUUUUUUUCUUCAAUAUUAUCAUUUCCAUCAACACCUGAAAACAUUGGACAUGAUUCUUCUUAA